AAAACAUACAUAAACAUAACCUCCUUUCUCAACCCGGUCAAAUUGAUAGCUGUCUUCGCGCAAUUCUCAGUUUGAUUGAUUUAGUGAAAUCAAAUGGAUCGAACACUUCAAAGUCAGGUUUUUGGUGGAUCGGCAAGGAGCCCUUACACCCCGCGCACCAGGCAAAGUUCAGCGAGCUCCGUCGUUUCCGGCAGAAGGUCCUUACACAGUGUUGGCGGUUUGAAAAAAAGCUCAGCAUCAGGCCGUUUCAGUCUUUCAGGACGCUCGAAUCAGUCCGUACAAAUCGUCGCAAGGUCUGAAUAUAACGUGGUCGAGUGUUAUGGUCAGCCUUUGCCUGUUCUGGUCAACGAGGCGCUGACUUUUUCGGAGCGAAAUACAUCUGUCUCGAUCAACUGUAACGAGAAUGGGUGGGCUUGGGCUGUGUACGGAAGACGUCUUCUCGUUUGGCAGUACCGUGACUUGAAAUUUGACCCAGCCAAAAGUUUCGAGAUGAUGCGGACCCCGCAAAGACGAACAACGACAGCGCAAUGCCGAGAGUUAACAUUGCCCCAUUGCGAUAUAGGUCACAAAGCCUCUUUGAUUACAGUUUUCAUGCCUGAUGGCCAACAGAUGGCUUCGUGUCUUGCCGUUUCACCAACUGGUGAUGUUCGAUAUUGGCCCUCGAUUGCUCACGAUGGUUCCUCUAUAGACUCGACGGGCAUUUUAGAAGGACAAGAAUUUGAUUACCUGUUGAACAUACCCCCAGUUGGUUACGUUCUUGUGACUACAACCUGCAGCUUAGUUCUGCUCCAGCUGCAACUGCAAAAUGGGCGACAUACGAUCCAGCACAAGACUAUAAAGCCGCCGUCUGGAUUUUUCGGAGGAAUUGGGAAGAAAUUCGCAUCAAUUAUCAUUGGAAUGAAUAAUUCACAGGAUAAGGAAAAUAAAUUCGUGAAAGUUGCUGGAAUUGAAAACGACGAUGACGAGUGGACUGUUACUGUUUUGGCUGAUAGAUGGUUGCAACAGUGGAAAUUCUCAGAUAACGGCUCUGAACAGUUCCUGUUUGAAGACCAUGAAAUUAUUCGCCGAAUUCGAGAGGAAUUUCAUAAGAAGUUUUGGAGUGGACGAGAGACCACCGAUAUUGAAAUUCUACUUUUGGAUAUACAAGCCGUAGAAACAAACAUUUUCGUUUUAGCUGGUGCUUUGAACAAUAAUCAUGCGCCACAGAUUCAUUAUGCAAUUGUAUCUCUAAACCCCGAAAAUGAUUCAUUCAAAAUAAAUACCUUCAAUCCACUCAAACUUACGUUGUAUUAUAGCCCAGAAACGGAAAAUGACUGCUUAAAAAUGAGAUUCAUAACGAACCGUGGUAUUGCAUAUUUGUACAAUGAACGGUCGAUCUUUCCGACGAAUUUGUCCAAUUGCGGGUCAAAUGAAAUUGAAGUGGAAAAAAUUGAGUUUCAGUCACAAGGCGAUAGGAUCAUGAACGCUGCCGUUUGUUCGAACCUUCCAUUAUUUUUCAGUCGAAACCAUGGGUUAGUUUGUGUAUCACCCAGUGAUUUUGAUCCAGGAGACUUUUUGAACAAUUCAUCAUUUUCCCCGGAUGUUUUCACCCCGCCACUAACUGAAAAUCAAACGGUAUUCUCACCGAAUGUCCCCACUAGCUCAGGGAAUUUGAUAAUGUACGAAUUGGAUCCGGAUGAGAUUUAUAAUGCGAACAAAGAUGUAAUUAGCCAAGUGAAGGCAGCAUUUAUUUAUAAUUUGAAACGAAAUAAUGAGACUUGCAACUCGAUACUAAGGGAGCUGUUUCCCCCAGAUGGUACAAUGGACGAUGUUGAUUCGCUGUUAGAUAAAACUAUUGCAUCAAUCGCACAAGAUUUAGCUGAUGACAUUCCGGCAGCUGAUCCGCGUUGGGAACAAGAUGAAAUGCAUUUCAGACAUUCCUUAGGAAGUUCUUCAUCUUUGCAGAUUGCUCAACAAUUAAAGGAGAAGAAUCUCGCUAUGAAUCAUUUUGUUGAAUUUUUACAUUCAACAGGACUAUGGGCAAGGCUCGGAGCAGUCACAUCUGGAGGAAUAAUAAAGUCCACAUGUCAUACACUCGCUGAUAUCAAUGAAAAAAUCAUAGCUGCAAUCUCGUUGAAGGGGAUUCAAAAUAAUUACUCGAAACUUGUUGAUGAAGCAAUUCAAAACGUAUUAAUACUGAGAAAUGAACAGCCCACCGGCAGUUUAGUUCAUCAGGAUGUCUUCUAUGUAAGAGUGACCCGUAUUCAAGAAAUCUUUCGUGCUCUUGUUGACAUUGCUGAUAAAUGCAUUGAAAGCCAAUAUCCAACAUCCCAAAUAUCGUCUCGAAUUUGUGAUGUAAAUUCAAUAAUACUGUCGAUGCUAAUCGAGAUUUUGAAUUUUCGCGAUAAAAAAUCGGAGUUAUAUGCCCUGCCAGAGGACAAGACCGACUCGUUUGAGUAUAUGCCGUGGACAACAACUUCAGGAAAGAACGGACUCAGGGACACGCUUCUGCAUUUAAUUGAUAUUACUUUAAAACAUGGAGCUAGAAUCACCGGGGAGCCAGAGCUACGGCAGAAAUUGUAUGUGCAAAUGAUGGAUUUGAUUGAUUUCGUGUUGGAUGGACGACGGCGCUAUUUAGAUAGUAUAAAGGGGAAUGCCAAGUAUGCAGUAUGCAAGCAGCAAUAUGAAUCGCAGCGAAGCGACUUGAUUUACCCAUUAGUCGAUGAUGGACAACUUGAAUUGGCUGCUAAAUUGGCUGAAAAGUAUCUUGAUUUCAACACUUUAGUUUUAAUAUGCGACCAAACCGAAAAUCAAGAAAGAUUAGACAGUUACAUCGAGCGUUAUAAGGAAUACGAUUUUGCGUCUUUUGCUAUCAAUUGGCAUAUGCGUCAUGAUCACAAAGGUGACUUGUUUGAAAGAUUUAAAGGUAGUGGAGUUGCGCUAUCCCGAUUUCUCGGGGACCAUCCAUCUUUAGCAUGGAUUCAACAUAUUUUCAACGGUGAGUUGGAUAGGGCUGGAUAUAUACUAUUCAACUUGGGACAAAAUGAAGUCGAAUUGGUUGCACGAAAAAAGACUAUAUUAUCAUUAGCUAAGUUGGCAGCAUUAGCUGCGGAAAGUGAAACAUCAAGUUUGAUAGCCGAAAUAAAUACAGAAUUGAUGCUCAUAGAUUAUCAGGACCAACUGCCCGAAAGCGUUCUUACAUCAUUUGGAUAUGAUACGGACAACCCUAAAGUUUUGAAAGCAGAGGAGAUAAUAAACCUGUUCAUUUCCGAAGAGAACGAAACUGCCAACGAAUUUGACUUCCGCAAAGCCCUGGAACUUAUUUAUUACGUUGACGAUCCAGAUGAUGCCCGGCACAAGAUUUGGUGUGCAGCUAUUUUGCGGGAUUCGUGGACAUCGUAUAACAUGAAUUCACCUCUGGAAUGCAUGCAAAAUAUGUUAUUCUUUAAACUAAUUGAUGUGUGUUAUUUAAUGGAUGGAGACCUGGAAAAAUUUUUGCCACCCAUGGAAGAAUUUCUUACUACAUCAGAGUUAAGUGAAUUGUCCGGAAAUAAAUCAUUCCAGUAUCUGUUGAAGCUGGGUUAUGAACAUAUAUCGGAGUCAUAUCGUAAGAAAGACAUGUAAUUAUGAGUUUUGGAAAUAAAAACGUUUUGUUAUA